AGGCGUUGCCUGGUAACAGAAUCCGCCAGCAGCCUCCCCGUCACGAAGACUACAGGCCCGCCAGCGCCUCCAUCAACACAAGCUCCGACGGUCAAACGUCCCGAGAUGCCGUGCUCGUGCACCGAGUGGCGGCGAUGGAUCCGUCCGCUGGUUCUGGUCGUGUACGGCUUGCUGCUGGCGGCUGUGGUGCCGCUGUGCGUCUGGGAGCUGCACAAGGACAAGGUGGGGACACACAGCAAAGCGUGGUUCAUCGCCGGCGUCUUUGUCUUUCUCACCAUUCCCAUCUCGCUGUGGGACAUUUUGCAACACUUGGUGCACUACACACAACCGGAGCUGCAGAGGCCAAUCAUCAGGAUACUAUGGAUGGUGCCCAUCUACAGUCUGGACAGUUGGCUGGCCCUGAGGUAUCCCAGCCUGGCCAUCUACGUGGACACGUGCAGGGAAUGCUACGAGGCGUACGUCAUUUACAACUUCCUGGUGUUCCUUCUCAACUUCCUGAGUAACCAGUACCCCAGCCUGGUGCUGAUGCUGGAGGUGCAGCAGCAGCAGGCUCACCUGCCGCCACUCUGCUGCUGCCCACCGUGGCCCCUGGGAGAAGUGCUGCUCUUCAGAUGCAAGCUGGGAGUCCUCCAGUACACUGUGGUCCGGCCUGUAACCACGGUGACAGCACUGGUCUGUCAGCUGUGCGGCGUUUAUGAUGAAGCCAACUUCAGCUUUCAGAACGCCUGGUCCUACCUGGUCAUCAUCAACAACAUAUCGCAACUGUUCGCCAUGUACUGUCUGGUGUUGCUCUACCGAGCGCUGAAAGAGGAGCUGACUCCCAUCAGGCCUGUGGGCAAAUUCCUCUGCGUCAAACUGGUGGUGUUCGUCUCCUUCUGGCAGGCGGUGCUGAUCGCGUUCCUGGUGAAAGUGGGCGUCAUCUCGGAUAAACACACGUGGGACUGGGCCAGCGUCGAGGCGGUGGCCACUGGGCUGCAGGACUUCAUCAUCUGCAUUGAAAUGUUCCUGGCUGCCAUUGCGCACCAUUACACCUUCACUUACAAGCCCUACGUGCAGGAGGCAGAGGAAGGAACGUGCUUGGACAGCUUUCUUGCCAUGUGGGACUUCUCAGACAUCAGGGCCGAUGUCACUGAGCAGGUUCGCCAUGUUGGCCGCACCUUCCUGGGCCGUCCGAACAAGAUGUACUUUGGCGCGGCCGCCCGCCCCGAGCACAGCGAGCACACCGGGCUCCUAUCUCACGACCACUCACCAACGCGAGCGGCGGAUGCUCAUUAA